AUGGUAACUGCUUUAAAUAGUCCAAAGAAUGUUAAUCGAAAAUCAUUCACUGGUGGCGAAUCAAUUUCCAGAAGUUCGACAGCAUCGACCAGUGGAGCUGAAGGUAGCGUUCAGCAACGGAAUUCUUCCAAUGAAUUUAAAAAAUCAUUACAAGAAUAUCAUGGUGAAACGGAUGAAGCGUACGGUAGUCGUGGUGACAAUUCAUCCGGAUUAUUCCUAUCAACUCCAUCUCAAAAUGUUCCUUUGAAAAUUACCGAUUUAUGCAAGCACAAUCAUGCAGAAUGGGAUUUGUCAAGUGGCGAAAAUGAAAGUACUGAAAUGGGACAUGAUUCGGAUACAGGAUUGGAAUCGUUAUCAUCCACCGAAGUGGUAAAUUCAAAUCGUGUGUCGUGUAGUUAUUGUAUUGAUCGUCAAGCACCGUUACGAGAGGAAGAAUUAAAACGUCUCAAUGAACUUUUGAAUGAUGUAGAAAAAUUACGAACAGAACGAAUGGAUUUAUUGCGUCAAAAUGUUACAUGCAAAACAGAUAUCAAAAAGUUAAAAGAACG